AGUGGACUCUAGCCCCCAGAAAGGGAAGCUAAGGAAGUGACAUUUCCUUGAAUCAUUUUAUAUAGCCAUUUCUUCCAAGGAAGCACCUUUAUACUCUCACUGCUGAAGGAAGGAAAUGUUUGGGCGAAAGAGUAUUUUGCCACAUUGAUUUUGUUUUGUAGAUUUCACUUGAUUCAGGACUUAGUUUUGUAAAUAUGUAAUAUCAGGAAAUAAACUGCACUUUAUUUCCUGGGCUUAUUUAUUACUUUUAAGCUAAUAGGAUUUAUAAUGGGGCCAAAAAAGCAAAGUGUUCAAUUGAUAGUGACUAGCCAAGAUUAAAUCAUGUUUUGUAUUCAUAGAAGUAUUUAUUUUCUAUUGACAUGAUUUUUCUAGAACAUGGUACAGAGUAGUUGAUAAUGGCAAGAAUUUCACAGAAGUCGUUUUUGGAGAGGAAAGUUUUGACAUUUUUUCCGCAUUCAUAAAUGGAAAGUAGGAAUGUAUAAAUCUGAAUUUCUACAGAUUACCACAGUUUGAAAGUUGUUUUGAUUUAGGCUUGGAAACUGAGACUACAGUUUUGAAGUAUAUUUUGAAUUGUACAAAACUGUAGGGCAAUUCUUAUAUGAACUACUUAGGUCAGCUUUUAGUUGAUGUGAAGACUACUCACUAUUUGUUUGGUUUUUGUUUUAUUAAGCCAUAUCUUAUGAACUGAUGGCCCUUUUUGUUUGACGAAUAGAUGUUAUUUCCUUGUUGGCAGGCUUGACAGUAGCAGGAAAAUGUAGUCCCCUUUACAAAUAUAGUUUAUAUUUCAAAGCAAUUUUAUGCAACUCUGAGGGUAUUUCUUUCAAUCUUAGCCACCAUAGAAAUUAAAGCAAGUGUUUCACAUGAAAUUCAGUAACUAGUUCGUUUUAAAACCUGUUAAUUAUAUUGCACACUAUUCUGUCAUAACCUCAUUGUCAUGUUCGUUCAUCCUGAUGUUGUUCUAUUGGGUUCAUGGUUCCACUGUACUGAUUCUCAUGGCAACAGGGUUUAACCCUUGGUUUUGCUGAAAUCACGUUGGACUUAAAUCAUUUGAACAUUGGUGUAGCAUGGCAAUUUGAGCUUGCUGUCAAUGCUUAUACUACAAAAGCAUGAAACUUUGUUCUUAUCAAAUACUGUUACCGCAUCACUGUCACACAGGCAAUUGUUGACAGGAUAUUGUUUUGAUAAGGCACAGAUAGUUUUGCUCUUAACCCUGUUUUAGGCUACGUCCAGGAAUACAGUUAUCCAGGUGACACCACCAAGCUAAAGAGAAACCGUUUAAGCUUUCACAGGAUCCGCUUGCAUAUUUUCAAUUAUCUUUGAUACAGCCUUUGACCUUAUCUACAUGUAUACAACGGGUGGGUCUAAUCCUGAAUGCUGGUUGGUUAAAAGUGCACUCCAGACGGUGUCUAUUUCAUCUUGUGCUUUUGCGUUGAUGUUUAAAUUGGUGUAAAGUGCACUAAGGGAAAUUACUAUUUUGACAAAACUUUUUUUUUAACCAAUUUUUAUAUGGAACAGUCAAUAAUGAAGGAGCACCCCAUACCUUCAGCCAGACCCCAGGGCUUAGAUAUUAACAGAUGCUAGUUUUAUGUCUUUGUACUGUACAUGUAUAUAUUUUGAUAUCGGAGUCUAAUUCUGUAUGAAUUGUUAUUGUAUAUUUUGGAGUAUACCAAGCAACGUGAACGACCAUGGCUGUAAGAAUGGGCCUCUGAUGAAGCUUGUUGGGGAAUCACAUCAGUAUUGCAAUGCAUAUAAUACAAUGUAUAUAAUUAAUUAGCUGUGUUGAACACCAUCAUUUUGGCCUAUUUUAUACACCAAAGUAGUUUUGAAGGCUGACAUUGUCAAAUGGUACUUCCUGUUAUUUAACCCUCUUUAUAUGUCAAAAGUGGGGGGCUGUUUAGAAGUCUCAACAGAUCCUCAGACUAUAUUUUCAGACUGGAUGAACUGCUCAGGACUCAGAAGUCAGUGGUGGUGAAAUUAAGUUAUACCGAAGACAUGCUUACUCGCAAAGUCAGAAUUGUUUACAAUGAACAUGCUAUAUACACAAUUGAAACAAAUAGAAUUUUGGAAUCCUGUAUUUCUACUUAAUGAAACCACUCUUUGAUACCAUGUACUGUGAAGCUAUUGUGUUAGUCUGCACAUUUCAACACUACAUCAUUUUACACAAGUACCUUUUUGAACUAAAUCUUCCUUAAACUGUUCUAUAGGAAUAGUGUAGGAUGCGGUUACUCUUCUGUUGGAUGCGACAUGAGACAAGGACACGUAAUACUUGAUUGCAUGUAACUCUGGGUUUAUAAAGCCCAUGCUGUGGUUUCUAAUGUGAGUCUAAUAGCAUUGUUUGAGCAGUCAACUUUUGCACUUUCCUCUCACCCCUAUUCAUCAUGCCCUGAACCAGAUGUGAUCGUAUAUACAUUUAAGCAAGGUUUGAAAUAAUUAUGUUUUAGUCAAAUAUUCUUGCGGUCAAUUUGCAGUCAACUAAUUAUUUGGAAUUAGAUUCCGGCCCACCGACGAUCUGCUCAAGAAAAAAAUCGGCCCGCGGGUGAAAAAGUUGAUGAUCCCUGUCAUGAGGGAUGCAUGUGGUUCAUCAAGGGCUGGGAGUGAGCUUAGAAGGUUUGGCUACACAUCAGUCUACAAUGCUUUGUCUUUUGCAUUUAGCCCUCAUUCUGACGCUUUGCCAUUUUGUCUGCUAUCUAACACCUCUAUGCUCACUUAGUUGUAGACUAAGGGUACCUGUAUAUUGUAGCACACUUACAGGGUAAAACGGAAGAUCAUGUCCACAUUUAGUAUUUCUGUUUAAUUGUAAAUUUGUUAGCACUGUACCUCCAGUAUUUCUAAUUUCCAUUUUAUGUGAAUAUGGAUAUACUGUAUAAGCCAACUUUUUAUCUGGCUAGUUUCAACAACAAAAAAAUGGUUCUAACACUAUGCCCUAGCUCCCUAUUCAAACAAAAGCAAAUGUUGAAUAACUAGAUGGCUGGCUAGGAUGUUAUUAUGCCUAUGGUUGGGUUGGACUGUUGAAUGUAUUUGCCAAUAAGUGUUUGUACUUUCAUAAUAGAGGAAAUGUGAUAGGAGACUAAAAAUGUUGCAGGUUCAUAUGACUUUGCCUUUCAACAUCUGUCUGCUUAUGUUUGAGUAGUGAGUCGUGGGCUGUCCCUGGUGCAAGUGUCAAGAUUUAUCUAUUUUGUGUUUUUACUGGCUAACUGUUUUAUGAUAAAUUGUUUCCAUAUGGCAUUUGAUGAAUGCACUCAGUCACAUCUUUUUGUUUUAAGAAUAUAUUGUUCACUGAAUUGUAAUGAAUGCACUCACAUGGCUUUAUGCUUACAUUUGUUGUUGGUCCCCUCUUUGGAUGGUAUACUGUAUGCCACAUCUUACAGCCUGAAUACCAUACUUUACAUACAACACGUCGUGUAAUUACGGCUACGUUCGUUUGUUUCCGUACGGCUGGUGCACGUACAGCAAGCUGCACAGUGGACACAAGUUUCGCUGGUCUGACUAUCGAUGUAGUUCGAUAUCUUCUCUACGAACAUGGCAGGGAACUUAGGUUUGUGAUGAUUUAAGAAGCAAAAGAAACAAGGAAAAUAGCUUUUAUGAGGACUAAAUUAGCUUUUGAACCAGUUUAAACAUUUACCCAAUCAAGGAUAUUUUACGAGCUUUCCACCAGGAACACUUGGAAGAUUCUCAAUACGAAGUGCUCAGUCACUGAAGUGCCUGCCCUGCACCACUCAUUCCUAGACCGUACCAGUGUAAAUCAAAACCCUACUUUGGUUCAGCACUUACCUGCAAGUCUCGGGUCUUUACAAAGAGCAUGUUACCAAUGCCGUUUCUCUGCUCCAUUGUCUGGUUGCACCGGGGGAUCAAGCUAAAGAAAGUGCUUUAUUUCUCAAACACAGGCCAGGUCUGAGUUUCAACCAUUCACACCAACACUCAAGAGUUCAGUCAUGCUUCUUAGAUUUAGUUGAAAAUUCCUGAAUAGUGUUGCCAUCACAAUUAGCAUCCUCAACACUCUGGCACUUCACUGCCCUGGUCAGUGUGUAUCAUAGUUGGACAUCUUUGCACAUGGCUGUAGAGGGCUUCCAAUUCAUAGCACUUUAUGUCUAUAACAAAGACUGGGAGGAGGACCUUGACCUCCAGUCAGGGGACAUACUGACCGUCAGCAAGACGUCACUGACAUCCCUUGGGCUCAAGGAUGGGGACGAGGAGCACCCGGAUCGCCUGGGAUGGAUGGUGGGAGUCAACAAGCGCACCAAGCAGAGGGGAGACUUCCCUGGGACAUAUGUCCAGUAUGUUGGGCCUGUGAAGAUGUAUGUGGCGCCCAACCAGCCUCUGCAGCAGAGACCCCUCCCAGCAGCCCCCAGGCCUCAGCCUCCCCCAGCACAGCAAGGGACAUCAGCUCAUGAGUUUGUCCAGCCUUUUCCACCCCCAGAAAAUGCCCCCCCCACUUUGGUGAAGUUGGUAGAGGCCAUUGAGAAAAAAGGUUUGGAGUGCGAGACACUGUACAGGAAGUCUGGCUCCUUGGCUGCUGGCGGUCAUAGACAGAGCCUGACUUUUGAGCUCUCUGAGCCUGAGAUGGGCCAGUACGACGUCCAGGCGCUCUCAGAGGCCCUGAUGGGAUUCCUGCAGGACUUGCCCUCCCCCAUCAUCCCAGAGUCUGUCUAUCCCAGCCUGAAGAUUGCCCUGCAAGAGGAAGCAGAGCUGUCUGUCGAGGAGACAGGCAAGCGUUUGCUGAAGGCGCUGGAGCCCCCGGCCGUGCCCCUGCCAGGCCUGCUCACCCUGCAGUACAUGCUCAAACACUUGGACCGAGUGGGCCAGAGCUCGGCCCACAAUGGCCUGGACCCUCACACCCUCGCACUCCUCUUCAGCCCUCUGCUGCUCCCCGCUGGGUCAGAAGAAGAUUGUCAGGUUUCUGCCCAGGUGCUGGAGAGACUGCUGGUGGUGAGGGCCUGGGAGCUGGAAGAAAUGCCACCAGCCCUACCUCCCAAACCUUCCAAAACCAAAGCUAUGGCAUCCUCUGUGAUCAAUGGAGACGGCAGCAAGAUGGCCGAUGCAGAGUGGUACUGGGGAGACAUUUCCAGAGAGGAGGUGAAUGAGAAGAUGAGAGACAUGCCGGAUGGGACUUUCUUGGUCCGAGAUGCCUCAAGCAAGGUGCAAGGAGAAUACACAUUGACUCUCAGAAAAGGAGGAAACAACAAGCUGAUCAAGAUCUUCCACCGAGGCGGCAAGUACGGCUUCUCUGAGCCUCUGACUUUUUCCUCUGUGGUGGAGCUCAUCCUGCAUUAUCACCAGGAGUCGCUGGCCCAGUACAACCCCAAGCUGGACUCACGGCUACUGUACCCCAUCUCCAAAUAUCAGCAGGACCAGGUGGUGAAAGAGGAUAACGUGGAAGCAGUAGGAGAGCAACUGAAGGUGUACCAUGAACAGUACCAGGAGAAGAGCCGGGAAUAUGACGUCUUGUAUGAAGAGUACACUCGCACCUCUCAGGAGUUACAGAUGAAGCACACGGCCAUCGAGGCCUUCACCGAGACCAUUAAUAUCUUUGAGGAGCAGUGCGAGACCCAGGAGCGCUACAGCAAGGAGUACAUUGACAAGUUCCACAGGGAGGGCAACAGCCAAGAGAUUGAGAGAAUCCAAAGUAAUUCAGAUAAGCUGAAGUCUCGUGUCACUGAGAUCCAUGACAGCAAGCGGAAGCUGGAGCAGGACCUGAAGGAGCAGGCGACGGACAACCGAGAGAUCGACAAGAAGAUGAACAGUCUGAAACCAGACCUCAUGCAGCUGAGGAAGAUCAGAGACCAGUACCUGGUGUGGCUCAAUCAGAAGGGCACCAGACAGAAGAAGAUUAACGAGUGGCUUGGGAUCAAGAACGACGUGGAAGACCUAUAUUCUCUGGUGGAUGAGAUGGAUGACCUGCCGCACCAUGACGAGCGCACCUGGUACGUGGGCGACAUCAAGCGCGGCCAGGCCGAAGAGCUGCUAAAGGGCAAGGGUGACGGCACCUUCCUGAUCCGAGACAGCCAGUCCCAGAAGGGCUCCUAUGCCUGCUCUGUAGUCGUGGACGGGGACGUCAAGCACUGUGUGAUAUUCAAGACCUCCACGGGCUACGGUUUCGCCGAGCCUUACAACCUGUACAGCUCCCUGAGAGAGCUGGUUCUCCACUACAGACACACCUCCCUGGUCCAGCACAACGACUCGCUGAAUGUAACUCUGGCAUGUCCUGUCCUAACCCAGCAGCAACCCAGAUGAGACGCACCGUCACCCGGACACGGCCCGGCACAGAGCAAAAUCACACACAGAACUGAGACCACAAACCCUCACUUUUCCCAACAAAAAAGCAAACAGCUUUCUGAGCGUUGGGUUUGACAGGAGUGGAAGUGGCAGAUAUAAUGACUGACUGGGUUUUGACUUUGAAGAGACCCUCCUGUAAAUGUUAUAUUUUUGUUAAAUCUUUUAGGAUAAAAAUAUUUUGACUAUUUUAAAGUAACUGCUGUAGAUUCCAUUUUCCCUUUCAAUGGAGGGAAUUAUUUUUUAAAUCGACUUGUUAUGGGUGCCAUUUUGGGGGUGUAGUAACUUUUUUCAACAGUUAGAGGUGUAAGGGUUUGACAUGGAGAACAAAAAUACCUAACAGACUUUCUGUGUUUUGUUGCAAGUACAUAUUAAUACACAUUUUCUCCCACAGCGCUAUGGGACGCAUACAAAGAAAGCAUUCUCCUUUCUGUGUACUCAUUGCUAUGUGCCCUAUCACAUAAAGACAAAAGAAGACAAAGACAAAAUUCAGUACAGUUUUUGUGUUAAACAAAAAGAUGAAUUUGUCUUUUUCUGAAAGCUUAAAAAAAACAAAUCUAUGUAAGAGUUUAAAAUAGUUUGAGGUUGAUAUUAGAUGUGGGCAUGGCCCCUGGUGUAGCUUGAGGACACUGCUGGAGUUGCAGUCCUUGAUGGUGGAACACUUGGUGGUGAAAGUGCCUUUUCUUAUAAUCCUCGGUCUUCCAUUCUCUCUCUGUAGAUCAGAGUCAGUGUGGAUGCCUUGCCCCAAUCAGAUGCCAAGUGUUUUGUACAGCACUGUGUAUGAAACUAGAAAUCUGAAAUGGACCUUGCUAUUGAUUGCCUUGGCGCAGGGAUGGGUAACUCCCUGGGACUACUGCCACUGACUGCUCAGAGUGCACACAUCUGAUUUCCCGGAUCAGGGCUCAGUGCACACAUUUGGUUUCCCAGGUCUCAAUCAGUAGCUGACUUAAAGGAAUGAUUGAAAGCCAGCAGACACUCUUGAGGACCGAAGUUGCCCACCCUUGCAUUACUGUGUGUAUGAUGGCGGUGUUGGAUUUGUGCAUGGUGGAAAUGGAUUUCCGUUCAUAUUUUAUAGUUGUGGAUAGAUGGUAGAUCUUAUGGUGGUUGUGUACCAGAUAUAAGAAGCAUUGUCUUUUCACUACAUAUUGGGUAUGCAGUAUGCAUCGCAGUAUUCAGUCUCUCAUUAAGGUAUUAGUAGCCUAAUUCCACAAUUAACUUAAUCGGACCUUACCUGCCACACUUUGUGAAUGAGCUUCUUUCCCAGGAAACAAGUUGUACUUUAAUGCUAACAUAUACACCAGAUAUUCUAGGUAGACUUGAAACACUACUUUGACAAACUGAUUAGUACUAUGCAGCGAGUUUGACAUACAACUUCACGAUGCAUCAUCAACAUUGAUUUUGAUUCAUGACAAAUCACUGAAUGAGUGAUAACCUUUACACUUGUCAUGUAUUAAUCAGACAUUGGUGCAUUUUAUUGCUCACUUUUAGGAGUGGUUAGAUUGCCGAUCAUGUUGGGAUUAGUGUAAAUCAACCUUUUAUAGCUGACAACAAUGUUGAUGUUAAUCUGGUUAACCUGUUUCUUAUGUUUAUCUGGUAGUUAGGUGAAAAGUGUCUCCUUGGAGAGAGAUGACAAUAAUAGUCUGGACUAUUUACUGAACAUAGCUUUCAGCCAGAGUCCUGCUCAGUAAGACUGUCCUUCAGGUCAACGGAUCUUUGAAAACUUGGACAAUCUAGUUUAGUUUUUUUGGCAAAAGAGGGUGUUGUAUAAAAAAGAGAGUAAAAAAUAUGUUUCUGGUUUGUUUUCAAAUUGCACACGGUGGCUCUGCAUGCAGUGUAAGACUACGUAGGCCCUCCACUGACAUGACCACAGCCAGGUUAAGACUAGCUGAAGAUUGUACGCCAGAUAAUGUUAGUAACCAAAGAGUGUUGGUGUCCAUUACUGAGUGCUACAGAAAAGACCCACACAAACCGCCGCCAUAGAUUUUUCAAAUAACCUGUUCUUAGGGAUUACUUAAUUCUCGAUUCCUUUUAAAAAGUAUCUUCGUCUGUUGCAGUUGGUUCUACAAAAACCAUCAAUUCAGAAAGAUAUCAAUGUUUAAGUGAGAUAUGCCUCGUAGAUCUUUGUUUGUCACCUACUUAUACGUGUGGCCGUAGAAGUAGAAUCUACUAGUUCCUGCAAUAAUGCUGGGAAAUGCUAGAUCUGCGGUAGCUAAGAUGUCGAGGUACCUCCUCAUGCCGUACAAUACUUGGAUGUAAUGUCUUUGAGGUUUUGCUGUUUUUUUGUAAAACCACCUGCAACUGGAAACGGACAUUUUUCAGAUACUUUUGUUAUUCUCGAUUCUGUGAAAAAAGUAUUGCCAAUAACAGGUUAGUUGAAAAAUCUAUGGCGGCGGUUUGUAUGGGGCUUUCCUCUAACGCCCAGUAAUGGACACCAACAUUCUUUGGUUAUAUCACAUUCUCUGGCAUACAAUCUGUAGCUAGGUCUGUUCUCAGUGACAUUGUUUCCCCUGGCUUUUUCUGUGGCCUUGGGCUCCCGAGUGGCUCAGCGGUCUAAGGCACUGCAUCUCCGUGCCAGAGGCGUCACUACAGACCCUGGUUCGAUUCAUUACAUUUACAUUUAAGUAAUUUAGCAGACGCUCUUAUCCAGAGCGACUUACAAAUUGGAAAGUUCAUACAUAUUCAUCCUGGUCCCCCCGUGGGAAUUGAACCCUGCUGAUUCCAGGCUGUAUCACAACUGGCCGUGAUUGGGAGUCCCAUAGGGCGGCGCACAAUUGGCCCAGUGCCGUCCGGGUUAGGGUUUGGCCAGGGUAGGCCAUCACUGUAAAUUUAUUUAACUUGCCUAGUUAAAUAAAGGUUAAAUAAAAAAUAAAAAAUUAUAUUGGAGGUCAUGACAAAAGCUAUGCUUGAUUUCUGCUAUGACGGUGCAACGUAAAACGACACAUUUCCUCAGCUUGUGAGAAAGCCUGUGAGUGGGUACAAAUGAGGCUUGAGUAGGGAUGUCGCUGUGUCAAUGUUAAAAUCUGCUAAUGUAAAUGCACUACAAAGACAUGAAUAGGGAGCUCAUGUUUCAGGAGUUUUAUUAUAAUUUGACUCAUUAAUUUACAAUAACUGGCUAUGAAACACUCCGCAUAGUGGACAUCUCAUUGUAAGACAAGGACGGUAUCUUUGAAGUGGCUCUUAAUGGUCUGUUAGAAAGUGGCUUUAUGAAACCUGUUUGUGUUUUGUUAUUUGUUCAUCAUAACCUGAGCAGAUUUAAUUGAAUAAGCUAGUGUGAAUACUUUUGGUGAUAUUCUUUACAUUUAUAUUUCAUGCUUAUUUAGAGAUUUAAUUUAUCUCUAAAUAACCAAAUAGAUUGAAAAGACUGUUAGGCUGUUUACACAGGCUUUUUUAGAUUUUGUUAGAGAAUGAAACUGUCGUAGUAUUUGUUGUAUGUUGACUUUCAAUAGUUGAAGACUGCUUGGUUUUUAGCUUUUGUAUUUGUGAAACUGUGCUCCCUUGACAUAAUGGAAGUCUGUUAGAUACUGCUAUUUGAUACACGUAGUAUGUGUAUAAUACAUGGCUGGAGUUCAGUAAUUUGAAAUGUAGAAAUCCCCCCCAAAACAUUGCUAAUGAACAGCAAAAUGCACUUUUAAAUUGACAGUAAGCAACAUUAUUUAAAAAAUCUGUAGAAUUAUUGCAUUACCUAAUGAAAAUAUUGGCUGCACUCCAUAUGAUGUAUUUGUCAGACUGAUAGUUGUGUAUGGUACUAAUGAAAAAAUUAACACUUUUAUUAAAGCUUAAAGUUGUCAAAAUGCC